GGCUCCCCUCAUCUCUCUCACUUCCACAUCUCGCGCUGGGUGAGGGUGCAGAACGCCAUGCGCUCAGCAUCUCACGCCAGUGCAGCAGUGUCUCCGGUGUCGUGGCGCGCGGAUCGGGUUCGGUGCGGGACCAGGGCAGCGUGUGACUGUGCCGCCAUGCCAUGCGCGCGGACCGUGCAGCUGCAGCCCCGGCAGUCUUAUGGAAUAUAGCCCGCUGUGCCCCGCUGCGCACGCGACCCCGCUGCCCCCCGUGAGAAACAAACUUCUGGUGCUGUGCGUCAUGCUGUCCCUGUGGGCGUACACGCUCUACUGCUGCAUCGGAUACUGCUCCACCGCGCCCGGCCUGCCCGGCCUGUCCGCGGACCCCCGGGAGACCCCCAGCCCGCGCGCGCUCUCCACGGAGCUGCCGAACGGCGACAGCGGCGGCUUUGGGGAACCGGACGGCGGCAGCAGCAACAGGGUGGAGGAGUGGGACGAGGGCAGGACCCUCAACGACUCCGAGACCAAGAAGCUGCCCCAGGCCAUCAUUAUCGGAGUGAAGAAGGGCGGCACGCGCGCGCUCCUCGAGUUCCUGCGCCUGCAUCCCGACAUUCGCGCGGUCGGCGCAGAGCCGCACUUCUUCGACCGCAACUACGAGAAGGGGCUGGAGUGGUACAGAGAUCUGAUGCCCAAGUCUCUAGAGGGACAGAUCACCAUGGAAAAGACUCCCAGCUACUUUGUGACUAAGGAGGUUCCGGGUCGUAUCUACGCCAUGUCCAAGGACACCAAGCUGAUCGUGGUGGUGCGGGACCCGGUCACGCGGGCCAUCUCGGACUACACCCAGACUCGCUCCAAGAAACCCGACAUCCCUUCCUUCGAGAGCCUGACCUUCAAGAACUCGACGGCCGGACUGAUCGACGCCACCUGGAGCGCCCUGCAGAUAGGGAUGUACGCCCGGCACCUGGAGCGCUGGCUGAGGUUCUUCCCCAUCAACCAGAUCCUGUUCGUUAGCGGAGAGCGGCUAAUCACCGACCCGGCGGGAGAAAUGGCUCGCGUCCAGGACUUUCUGGGCCUGAGGAGAGUGGUGACGGACAAAUAUUUCCACUUUAACCCGGCCAAGGGCUUCCCCUGCCUGAAAAAGCCCGAAAGCAACAGUAAGCCGCACUGCCUGGGCAAAACCAAAGGGCGCACCCACCCAAACAUCCACCCGGACGUGAUCCAGCAACUGCGGGACUUCUACAAGCCAUUCAACAAAAAGUUUUACCACAUGACCCGGCAGGAUUUCGGCUGGGAUUGACAAACUCCGUUAAAAAAAACAAACACUUUUUUUAAGAAGAAUAUAUUUGUGUAAAAAAAGUAUAGAAGUCUAUUUUAUGAUAAUUUAUUGCAGUUAAUUCACUCUGAUGCCUGUCCAUAUGUUUGUACAUAUUGUAAGCCACAACCUUUUGCAUUCCGGUUUUUAUGUACAGUAGAUAGGUAAUCUUAUUUAAUGGACUUAAAAGUAUUUGUAAUACCAAAAGAAAAACAAAAAACACAAACAUUGUUAGAGAUGCACCGUAAAUCGAACAAAAUUAAACAUGCGAAUGCAGAAUAUUGAAUUUUGCAGGUUUUCAUUAAUUAUGACAUUUUUACCACUAAAUAAAUGAAGUAGCCUAUAUUUAUUUAGUCAUCCUUCAAAAAAAAAAACCUUUCAGACCUUAAUUAUAUUCCAGUGAUGGAAAAAUAUGUAACUAUUUUUCUUAAACAUGAUAAAAUAGUUCUUAAUCAAAAAGAAUUAGCCAAAAAAAUGAGCUUGUAUUACUUUGACUCAGUUGUUCUGUAGUGCUGACAUACCCUAAUAUCUAAAUGGAUGAUUUAAAAUUUAUCUUGUCCAGUGCAGUGGGCGGGGCUAAGCUAAUGUUUCAUUGGCUGCUUUAUGAUAUAUUCUGAUGGACAACAACAGGUCUCAAUUAAUGUUCUAGUGUUCUGUGCAACAAAACAUUUGAAAAAAGGAAUUACAUGAUGUCCAUUGUAAUUGAUGCAGGGUCUGAAAGGGUUAAAGAAAAAAGCUCCUACAAAACUAUUAUUUCAAAAUAUGUAUCCUAAAUUAAUACAGUUUAUCUACACAAAUUUUUUAUAUUACAGCAGACAUAGCAACAAAGAACAAAAAAAUUACCUCAGUACUGCUCUGAUUCUAACUAUAAUUUACAUUUACCUCAGUAGUGCUAUUCCAGUCAUGAAUUUACUUUUAUUUAAGAGUGCUACUCAAGUCACAUGUGAAUGAAAUGAAUACAGAGCACAGCAGUCACAUUACUAUCCUAUUUCUGUACAACUCGUAUCGAUCCAAUGGAAAACAGAAGGAAAUCAGUUUUUGAAAGGGUAGUAAACUGAUAUUUAGCAUUAUAAAAUAAAGCUGAAUUAUUUAUUUCAAUUAAUUUGAGCGAGUAGAGCAAAUUAUGAAAAUGAACUUAAACAUGCCGUUUGUCAGCUAUCUCUGUGCCAGAAGCACUAUGACCUAAAAUAAAUAUUCAGUCAUUAUGGUUUAUGAAUUGAAUAGUCUAUUCACUUAUUUGGCAAAACAUCUAAAAUGCUUUUUUUUUGCCAUUUUCAGUCAAAUAUUUCGGUUGCCAAAUGUUCGGUGCAUCCCUAAACAUUGCAGUGAAACAACCAGGUGGAAUUUAAAUGGGUUAAGCAGGAGAAAUGUCCCAAAAAGGAGAACAAAAGCACAAUUAAAGCAGUUACGGGUAAACGCUGAGUGAGUCAGUCCUGCACAGGGAAAAUCACAUUACAAAUCUGUCCAUUUAGCUAUCAAGCAUUAGCAUCUCUUUCAGUAGCAUUCUAAUACCUAAUUCUCACAGGAGUCGUGCGCCGCACACCUAAUCUAAUUUCUCCAGGAGACCAUUAUGCUGUAAUCUUUGCUCAUCAUUGGAUUAAUCUGGAAGUUUGAACGGGUCUUUUAUGAUGGGUCAAUAACGAGUCACAGCUGAUCCGCUUGUGUGUGAGGGAUCAAUACGCUAAUUGCUGCAUAACAUGUCAAUUAGGGUGGAAAAAUGGGCUGAAACUGGUUUGACCCCAGCUGUAAAACCAGUGUACAUCGUAAAGAUCGUAUUGAUUGAAACCUGGAAGGUUUUGGGGAUGAUUUUACUUGAUUUAACAACAAUUUGGAACGGCGCUGACUGUAAAUUAUAUUAGCUCUCAGACUUGUAUCUCUGAAAAUGUUAUUUAUGAAAUAUAGCCAUCGGGAGAAGCAUGGGAACUGAGGGCGAUUUCACACCUGACGAUUUGAGACCUUGAUCUAAACGAAAGAUGGAUCAUGUGUGGAUUAUUCGUUUCUGAAGAAAUCUGAUCAUAAUUCCUAUAUAUAUAUAUAUAUAGCAGAACAACUAAAUGCAAUUGCAAUGUCAAUGAUAUAAUUAUAUAGUGCGGUUCAAAUAAAACAAAUGCUACAGUUAUUAACAAAUGCCACAUCUGCUCCAUGUUAAUUAGUACACAACUGCACAAAACACAGAACAGGAUAUUUUUCCUGUAUUUACUGUAUUUGCUCCAGUCCGAACAUUAGGUUCUGGGUUCUAGGCUUGUUCUGACCUAUUUGGUUCAUUUAGGUUUUGCCUGUGUGAAAACAAACCAAACAAAUAUAUAUAUAUAAAAAACGCUCCACAUUUACAAGCUCAUUACCUGAUUCAGAAUAAAGUAAACCAGUUGUAGGUGUGAACACGCCCUCAAGUUCAGAAUAGAUGCUAAUGCUGCCAAAAUGUUUGGCCAACACUUUGACCAGUACAUUUAGAUAAAAUUUCUCUGUGCCAUAAUUGUGAAUGCAUGCUUGAAAGAUGAGGUUUUAAUGCUGCAUCCUUGGUACUCGUAUGAAGAACAGGAAAAGACAGGGAGAAAAAACAUUCCUACAGCUCUGGACAAAAAAUAAGAAAGAUACCACAUCAGUUUCUGAAUCAGAUUCUAUGCUUUUGCUACUUAUAGGUAUAUGUUUGAGUAAAAUAAACUUUGUUGUUUCAUGCUAUAAAUUACAGACAAAAUUUCUCCCAAAUAUCAAUAAAGAAAUUGUGAUUUAGAGCAUUUAUUUGCACCUCAAAUAAUGCAAAGGAAACAAGUUUAUAUUCACAAGUUCAUAAAGUUUUAAGAGUCAAUAUUUGGUGGAAUAACCCUGUUUUUUAAUCACAGACCAAAAAACGUGGUCAUAUUUAUUGAGCUACACAUACAGAAGUAAUAUGUACUUUGUGUACCACAACAUGCCCGAUAUCUCAGCAUGGAGUUGUAGAGGUUCCUAAUGGUGUGCAUCCAAUAGAGUUCCGCAUAUUUUCAAUCAGGCAUAGGUUUGGUAAUGUGUCUGGCCAAGGCACAGUAUCUGUGUUUUUAAGGCAAGCUCUUGAGAUGGUAGCAGUAUAUGGCCUCUGGUUGCUAAACCUCUUUAACAUAACGUUGGGCUGUCAAAGUGCUCAUGACAACAAUCCAGCGAUCUUAGUUGGUUGUCUUCAUUAAGACAAAAGCUGGACUCAUCACUGACUCCCUCAGUGAGAGUCUGGUACGACCACAAACUACAAGUUUCAUUCCUAUCAGUUGAUUCCCUGAAACAAUUGUUUUUUAGAAAUGUGGUUAACUAUACGUAAGGAAGGAUACAUCAGCUGCGUCCCUCAAAUCUUGGCUGCAGCCUAGGCUUUGAGACUCUGUUAGGUCAGUGUUUAGACUUCAUGAAAACACAAAAUUGCAUGGAAAACUCAUCUGCUAAAAAGGGAAAUCAUGUUUUUAUUCGGGGCAUGGAUAUUCAUUCACACCUUUACACAGGAUUGAGUUUUAUUCAAUCCUUUAAUGAUGUUCUAAUGUGGCUUUUGUUUUGUUUCAUUUUUUCACAAUAAGCUUAUAGUUGGAAUACACAAUAUAGGGUAUUGUGUUAUUCCGUUGUGAGUUUUUUUUUUUUUCAAACAAAUUUUGUCAGGGGAAUGAGACGAUGAAGGCUAAAUGCUACAGUAUUCCUCUACAGUGAAAAAUAAAUCUAUUUUACCAAAAUACCUCAA